AUGGGCGCAAAAUCGGGCCUGGCCCUCAAGUUCCUGCAGUGGUUCAUCCGCGGCAUCCAGUUCCUCUGCGCGGCCCUGAUCCUCGGAAUCUACGCCUACUUCCUGGCGGCGCUGCACAACCACAACCUCCCCAUCGAGACGUCGGUCCGCGCCGUGACGGGCAUCUCGGGCGCCGCGGCCCUCUACACGCUCCUCGGCCUCCUGCUGCUCUGCUGCGUCGCCGGCUUCGCAUUCACCUCCUUCGUCGCCAUCGUCCUCGACUUCUGCUUCAUCGGCUGCUUCGUCUACGUGGCCGUCGUGAACAAGCACGGCGCCGGCAGCUGCUCCGGCUACGUCGACACGCCCUUUGGCCAGGGGCAGUCCGACGCCACGGCCCCAGGCAUCACGGACGGCUUCACCGCCCUGCCCAGCUUCCACACCGCGUGCCGCCUGCAAACCGCCAGCAUGGCCGUUGCCAUCAUCGCAAUCAUCUUCUUCAUCUUCUCCAUGCUCAUGGAGGUGGCCCUGGUCCGCCACCACCGCAAGGAGAAGCGCUUCGGCCCCUCCCCCGGCAACAACUACACCUCGGGCUACGCGAGGCGCGGCUUCUUCAGCCGCUUCCGCCGGGACAAGGAUGCCGCGCCGCUGGACGAGGCGAGCCGCCUGCCGGAGCACACGCUCCCGGAUCAGCUGGACCACACGCGCCAGAGCUACGGCACCGAGAACACGGCCGUGAACCACGACGGCCCUGCUGAUUACUACAAGCAGGAGGGCGGCUACGGGCUCCAGACGCACGGCACGACGGGGGGCUGGCACACGGCGCCGCAGACGAGUGGCGCGCCGGCCAGGAACUACAAGUAUGAGGAUGGCAUUUACGAGCGUGCUUGA